AUGAGUUCUAUUGUUCAGGAAUGGGGAGUUCCACUACAAGAACCAAAUGAUUCUGAUAACCUAAGAUACCUUGAGGAGGUCAAAAAAGAAGUUAUAAAGAAUGGAAUCGUUCGGCCGACGGGGUAUAAUGUUUCGUUUCAUAUGAACCCUAUGAUCGAAAAACAUCAUUUCGGACCAAAACAUCCUAUGAAACCGUGGCGUCUGACUCUAUCAAAAGGAUUGAUCAUGGCAUAUGGCAUGCACGUCGCUAUGGAUACUUAUGUUUCACGUGCGGCAACUCAAGAGGAGUUGGAGGAUUUCCAUACUCACGAUUAUCUCGAAUAUCUCAAAAGUGCCAAGGUCGGCCCGCCAGACGAACGUAUAGAGACACCAUACAACCUCGGUAGUUUUGAUUGUCCUGUUUUUGAUGGACUCUUUAAUUAUUGUUCCAUGUACUCGGGUGCAUCGAUUGAUGCUGCUCGAAGCCUUUGUAACGGGACAUCAGAUAUUGCCAUAAAUUGGUCUGGAGGUUUACAUCAUGCCAAAAAGACUGAAGCUUCUGGAUUUUGUUAUGUGAACGAUAUUGUACUUGCAAUACUCCAACUUUUAAGAAAGGUUCCAAGAGUUUUAUAUAUCGAUAUAGAUGUCCACCACGGUGAUGGAGUAGAAGAAGCUUUUUGGUCAACAGGCAGAGUCAUGACUGUUUCCUUCCACAAAUGGGAUCCUGUAAACUUUUUUCCUGGAACCGGCGCCUUAGACGAUACCGGCCCGAAAAAUGAAAACAACCAAGGUGCUCAUCACGCUGUCAACGUCCCAUUGAACGACGGCAUCGAUGACGAGCAAUAUAUUAGGGUGUUCAAGCAAGUCAUUGACAAAUGUGUCGAAAAGUUCCGUCCCAGUGCCAUAGUCCUCCAAUGUGGAGCCGAUUCAUUGGCAGGUGAUCGCAUUGGAACGUUCAAUGUUCUUGUUCAGGGCCACGGCGCUUGUGUUGAGCAUGUCAAAGGGUAUGGCAUACCUCUUAUGCUUGUAGGAGGAGGCGGUUACACACCUCGAAAUGUUGCACGUGCUUGGACAAACGAAACUAGUAUUGCAAUUGGCGCAAAGCUAAACGAGGAACUUCCAAUGCAUACACCCUAUCGCGAUCAUUUUCGAAAUCAAUCCUUAUACCCUGACCUAACUGAGUUGUUAAGUGCUAAGGGAUCAGUCCCAAAAGGUCAAACUGGAGCCAGAAAGAAUCACAAUUCCGAGAAAAAAAUUAAUGAUAUCGUGUCCAGCAUUCAUGAACAGCUGCGCUUUGUAGAACACGCGCCAAGUGUACAAAGUCAAGAUCUUCCACCCGAUUUAGGAGCUUGGAAACAAGAUGUUGAGGAUGAGAUCAAGGAGGCAAAGGAGCAAGAAGAGUCGUAUAGGUUGCAGAGAGAAGAGGGUCUGGGCAUUCUUCGAGAGUAUGCUUAG